AUGGGUCGUGCUCGAACUCGUUCCGGUUACGUCCCCACCGCUCUCGGAUUCUUCCGGUCUCUGUUUUCUCGCAAUCUUCGCACUAACAACAACAUGAAGAUAAAGACAGGAAAGUUUUUAGGAGUUUCGAUAUCACUGAUUCUGAUAAACUUAGCUGCAAUCAUGGAGCGAGCAGACGAGAAUCUAUUGCCUUCUGUUUACAAAGAAGUGAGUGAAGCAUUUAACGCAGGUCCAUCAGAUUUAGGCUACUUAACAUUCGUUAGGAACUUUGUUCAAGGACUCGCUUCGCCGUUAGCAGGAGUUCUCGUCAUUACCUAUGAUCGUCCCAUUGUUCUUGCAAUAGGUACUCUCUGUUGGGCUUUGUCAACUGCUGCUGUUGGAGCUAGCAACUACUUCAUUCAGGUUGCUUUAUGGAGGGCAGUGAAUGGGUUUGGAUUGGCGAUUGUUAUACCGGCGCUUCAGUCGUUUAUAGCAGAUAGCUACAAGGAUGGUACUAGAGGAGCUGGUUUCGGUUUGUUGAAUCUCAUUGGUACUAUUGGUGGUAUUGGAGGAGGUGUUGUUGCAACUGUUAUGGCUGGUUCUGAGUUUUGGGGCGUACCUGGAUGGCGUUGUGCUUUCAUCAUGAUGGCAACUCUUAGUGCUGUGAUCGGAUUGCUAGUUUUCCUCUUCGUGGUUGACCCGAGGAAGCACAUUGACAGAGAGGAACUAAUGGUUCAUAAGAUAUCCGUUUGGAAUGAUUCAUGGGCAGCUACAAAGUCAGUGGUGAAAGUACGGACGUUCCAGAUCAUUGUCUUGCAAGGAAUCGUUGGUUCAUUGCCUUGGACUGCGAUGGUUUUCUUCACAAUGUGGUUUGAACUUAUUGGUUUUGAUCAUAACCAGACAGCAGCUUUGCUUGGGGUGUUUGCCACUGGAUGCGCUAUAGGAACCUUAAUGGGAGGCAUAAUCGCUGAUAAAAUGUCAAGGAUCUUUCCAAACUCCGGUAGAGUGAUGUGUGCGCAGUUCAGUGCAUUCAUGGGGAUACCAUUCUCAAUUAUUCUUCUGAAAGCAAUCCCACAGAGCAGAGAGAGCUACUUGAUCUUCUCCAUCACGCUCUUCCUGAUGGGUCUUACCAUAAGUUGGUGUGGUUCAGCGGUUAAUGCACCAAUGUUUGCUGAAGUCGUCCCUCCUAAGCACCGGACAAUGAUCUACGCUUUUGACAGAGCCUUUGAAGGGUCUUUCUCGUCCUUUGCUGCGCCUUUGGUUGGGAUCUUGUCUGAAAAGAUGUUUGGGUAUGACUCCAAAGGUAUUGAUCCUUUGAAAGGUUCAUCUGUGCGUGAAGCUGAGGCUCUCUCCAAGGGUCUUUUGUCGAUGAUGGCUGUUCCCUUUGGCCUCUGUUGUCUCUGUUACACGCCUUUGCAUUUCGUUUUCAAGAAAGAUCGAGAGAAUGCGAAAAAUGCUAGUUUUAAAGACAUUGAAAUGAUCUGA